AUGAGAAGUACUAACCCCAGACAAACCACUCUCAGGAGAGAGCAGCAAAAAGCUAACAGCUUGAGAACAGGUCUAGGAGGUUCCAAGCCAAUUAAUGAACUGUCUGGCCUCUCUGCUGCAAUCAGAGAGCCCACAAGAAGGCCUUCAGGAGUUUGCAGUAGUAAUGAGACUACUGAGGCUGUUUUCUGUAAGCUUGUGAUGCUGUGUGCUGACAAUGAUGCAGAUGAAGCCAUCCAGAUCCAGAACCUGCUGCAGUAUGUAUUUUGUAUUAAAUCUGGAAUAGUCUUUGCAGUGAUGCCUUGUAGUGAACAUGUGUUAGAAAACUUCAGUGAUGCUGUGAAUGGUUCAGCAUGGACUAUUAUGCUACUGACAAAUUUUCUGAAUGCAUCUUUGUAUGUGUUUCAGUCUUUCACCUCCCUUGUCAAUGCUCUUAACAGCAUAAAUUACAACUCUGUGAUAACUGUGAGGCCACUGAAUAACCCACUUACCCAGGAGAAGACCCUUUUUAUUUUGCAGGCUGUUAAUGCACUGUAAGAGAAUAGUCCUGGCUUUGCAAAAGAAGUGGAGAAAAUUUUCUGUGAGUCUAAAUACACACAACAGUGA